UAUUUCGUAUAAAGUGGAUAAAUUAUGUCCCGGCAAACAUCUCGUUUUGACGCAAAAAAAGUGAACAACCACAGCUUAAAACGGCUUCCUUCGAUUUUCCAGCAGUAAUAGCAAAACAGUAUAGGCGUACUGCACCAAACACGGCCGAGCAUUUACUAAUUUAUAAUGGAAAACCAUUCUGCCAAUACUGCAACACCUCAACAACAAGAAAACAUAAGUGCAAACAAUAAUAAUACAAUUAUUUCUAGUGGUGGCGGUCAGGCGGGCAAUCAAAUUCAAGUGAUACCAAUGCCUGCAGUUAUAAUAGGACAACAGCAAGCGCAAGCGGCGGGCGUGCAGCCGCAGCUUAUACAAUUGCAACCGAAUCAAAUAAUAAUGCAACAACCACAACAGAACACGCAGCCGAUGCAAUUAAUGCAAUUGCCUGAUGGGCAGACAUUGUAUUAUCAGCCCACAGUAUCAUUGGAUCAUACAGCUGCUGUUGCGGCGGCAGCGCAGCAGGCUCAGCCGCAAUAUAUAAACAUAAAUGGGCAACUUAUGCAAAUAGCCACCGCUACACCGCAAUCUACUCCUACAGCGGCAGUGGGGCAACAAAUAAUUAUGAUGCCUCAGACGGGUGUAACUACAACGGGAGUGAGUGCGCCUGUAACAGCUGCAAGUGCAAUUACCGCCCAAGCGCAAAAUGCGACUGCCACAAUUAAUAAUUCGAAUGCGACAAACGCAACAGAUUCUUCACCUACUACAUCUCAAGCUGUGAACGAGGAUGAAGUGAAACCGGAAGCAGAGGAAGAACCACUUUACGUUAAUGCGAAACAGUACAAACGUAUACUUAUACGACGACAAGCACGUGCCAAACUUGAGUCUCGUAUUCCUAAAGAACGCUCCAAAUAUUUGCAUGAAUCACGUCAUAGGCAUGCUAUGAACCGUGUACGAGGCGAAGGUGGCCGUUUUCAUUCAGCUCCAGAAAAAGGCGAUCAGCUGCAUUCUAUUGGUGGCAGUAGUAGUGGGCAACAAAUGCAACAAACUAUGCGUUCCACAGUACGGACACAGCCAAAACUAAUAGCCCCACAUCAGACGCCAAACAUAACGAUAACGCCCAUAAAAUAACUCAGUGAAAUAUUUAUAUUUGUAAAAUAUUUUAGAAUUUAAGUUUAGCAAUUAAGUUUAGUUGUAAAUAAAAUAGAAAACACUUGACGCAGUUUUUAAAAUAUAAAAUUCAAUUAUAUACUUAUACAAAAUUACUCUUAUAGUCAUUUUAUAUACUAUUUAUACCAUUGAGACAAAUAAACAUUAC